GGAUUGAUUCGUCCCCUUUUAAGAAACGCAUGAAGCUCUAUUUUAUUUCAAAUGAUAUAUAAACUAAGUUUCGCUUCAAUAAACUCACAAACUAAGGGUAUGAUUUAGACCCCUGUCUUCAAUAUUAUACCUAUCAUUGUGUCUUCCAUGCGCGCAAUUAAAUACACCUUUCCCUUGAGCGCUAUGAAUGCCCACACCAAGCCCCUUCGAUAACAGCUCCAACGUUUUUAUAAGGUGCAUCCACUUUUGAAGUGAAAUUAUCCUGCUCCACGAGGGUGAUAUAUCAGUGGCAUUGCUCAUAAUAGAUUGUCACUUUUUUUUGCCUGAACGAUAAUACAUGAAUUGAUACCUAUGUUACAUUUCCUGUGUUGCUUCUAUUUUUCAUCCUAUGCUGACAGGAUCUUCCUGUACUUAUUUUAUAUUCUCCCUCCCGCAUAAAUCAAUUUUAUGGAAUAUUUUUAUUUAGCCAUUAUUAUUAUUACUAUUAUUAUUAUUAUUAGACUUUCAAUCUAUGGAUGUUUUACUAUCCCAACAAAUUGAACAACUUAAACAGAAGCAAUUAGUACUUGAAAGUCAGCUACGCGAUGGCGGAACGGCUGCUGUAAACACCUGUGCGGACUUUGUUGAUUAUCGUCAGGUCCAGGAGAUCGUUCCAAAUGCUGGGACCGAAGAGGGCAAAUGGGAUCCGCUUUCAAGUUCCCAGACACAUGUUGCUCAAUUAGCAGACACAGAGAACAUGUCUCUUCACGACCGUCUUCAGGAGCUGCAGCAUUUAAAGAAUAAGCACCAGUGCCGUGCUAGGCGGGCCCUUCAAAAGUACUUUACUGCGGUGAGUGAUUACUCGGGCUAUCAAAAACGACGCGAACAGCAUUUGAAAGUAAAGCCUUUCUCUUUUGCUUCCCGUGAUUUAAUGAAAUCUCCUCGAAUUCAUGAUAAUCGCAUGCUUGAAGAGCGACGCCAAAGGGAGGAGGAGCUAGAUAAGGUAUUACACACGCCUUUUCAAGCCAAUCCUGUGCCUCCCACUACCUUUAUGAAUAAAUACGACCUCAUGGUAGAAGAAUGGCGAGAACGAAAGGUAGCCGUGGAAAGGCUCGCGAGAGAGCAGGCCGAGCGGGCGCGUGAGGAGUCAGCCUUUAUUCGACUCUCAGCCAUGGGCUUGCGGCACGCGAGAGAGGGCGUUCUGGGCCCUUACCGUGAACUCGAUGGCGAGCAGCAGCGGAGACGCGUGCAGAGCGCGGACGGUAGGGGUGGUCGGCAACAGGGCCUGUCCAUUACCCAGCCCGAGGACAUUGCACUGGAGGUGCGCAUGCGGUUUUGGCCUGCGAUCAAGGAGCACGAGCAGGUGCGCAAGGAGCGCAUUAAGGAGCGCGCCAUAGGGCUCAAGAAAGAGGUGGAUGAGCACAGGCGAAAGGUCAUGCCAUUGUUAACGAACCCGACGCCUAUCAAGCUUUUUACGGAGCCACAGGAGGGGUGGUUUGGGGUGGGACGUCCUCUCGCCGUCGGCACGAGCCCAGUACCCUCUUCCUCGUCACCACCGCCUCAGUCGGGACCUGUUCAGGAAGGUGCGGCCGUGGCGGCGGUCGCUGCGGAGAAACUUCACCACCCCGAGAAAGAUGCCACGCUGUACAAUCCCAACUUAACCUUUCAUCCGAUGAUCCGGCCGGGCGUCCCCCAGUUCCACAAAAUCUGGGCACACGACCUGGCUGAGAAGGCUUCGAUGCGCAAGAAGAAGCCGCUGCCAACUGUUCCACAGCCUUUCGUCUUAACUCCAAGCGCAAAGGACGUGAUUGCCUGUGGGAAACGUCCGACGAGGUCGGUUUCUCAGCCUGUCGUCAAACGUGCCCCCUCGGCGCAGGCACGGCUUGCUCGUCAUGCGAAGUCUCAGGGUGACGAGGUUAAGAAGGAAAGAAAUGAAGACGAUAUGACUAGUGGCACUCAGUCGAAGGUGAUACCUAAAGGCACGCGUGCUCACGCUUUACGUACAGAGAUGGUCUAUUGCAAAUACAUAAAGAAGAUAAAGGAAAAAGACCUCAUUCCCGAGGUGGAACAGGCCUAUUUGAAAGAGAUCGCCAAGCGUCGAAGAGAGGUAUCUAAGCGCCUCGCGCAAUAUCUUGGUGAUCCACAUGCUGAAAAAGAGGCCGCGAUUCGCUCCAAGCUAAAAGAGUUGCGCACCGCUAUGAGGGAAAAUGAAAAGGCCGCAAAGAUGCGACUGAGGGAAAUGAAGGAACGUGUAGCGCAGAUACCGCCCAUAUUUGUGGAACCCACCCGACUCAACAGCCUUGCCAAGGCAAGAGUGGAGGGUGAGAAGGAGAUUUUGCAGAUGCUGAAACAAUCAGGUCUCGAUUCGGGAACGAUUCGCGAUAUAAUCACAAGGCCUGUGGACAGCGGCGGCUCCGAGAUUGAGAACAUGGAUGAGCUCGUCGCGGGGACUGCAGUGGCUGUAAGUGAUGAAGCGGGGGAACCUACACCCGUAGAUAGAGCUGAGAAGACUGAAGGAGGUGUGGCAGAACCGGCACCGGUCACUAAGGAUCCUGGCACACGUGAUUCAUCCAAAAGCACUCGUUCUUCUUCUUCUUCUUCUUCCUCUUCUUCUUCUUCUUCUUCAUCAAAUUAUUUGCGCAAGAAGAGGAGCUAUAAGUCCAAUAUUGGCUCGUCCCCCUCGAGUCCUGGAACUGCAGAUGCCCCUAAGGUGGGUGAGGCAGCACCACAAAGAGUAAAGCAGCGCACUGGUUACAGUGAUGACAGCUUCGAAGGGUACUCUAGCUCUUCCUCAGUAUAA